AUGUCUCCAGCAGCACCUGUGGCACUCCGCAUAGUAGGGGCCCAGCACAGGAUCUCUGUCCUGGUCAACCCCAACUUAUCAACAGCAGGUGCAGAAUCUGCAGCACGCGCCAAACGCAUGUUAGAAGCCGUGAAUGAGAAAGAUAGCGAUGAAAACAUUGCAUCUACUUCUGUGACAAAAAACGUUCAGAAAUCUUCUGGAGAACAAUCACAAAUAAAAAAAUUCUUUAUAUCUGACAAAGUUACCAUAAGGAUGACACCAGAAAAAUUCAAACACCACAUUAUUGAAAUGGUAGUAAAGAAUAGUGUACCACUAUCCUUCUUUUCACAUACAGCCUUUUUAGGCCUAAAUGGAGAAAUGGCAAAAAAACUUGGUGUUUCUCUGGAAAGAGAAAGUAUAAGGAAACUUAUAAUUGAGGAGGCCAAAUGUAAAAAGGAAAAACUACAGAAAGUUCUGAAAGGACGUUUUGUCUUCCUUAAAAUGGAUGCAUGCACACGUCACAGAGUCAAUUAUUUCGCUAUUAAUGUUAGAUUUGUGGAUGAAAAUAACAAAAGAAUAACACGGACCCUCGGAUUAAAGGACACUCAGGCACAUCACACCAGUGAUUACCUUCAGAACUUAGUGGAGGGUGUUCUAGAAGAUUUUGAAAUUAAAAAGGAACAGAUUUUAUGUGUUGUGACAGAUAACGCUUCUAACAUGUUGAGCACAAUUGAGAAGAUGAACGCAGAUGAAGAAGGUAACAAACAGAUAUUAGAGUUAGAGGAAGGCAGCUCUGUAAGUAUUGGAGAAAGUUUAGAAACUGAAGAGAAUGCUGACAUUUUUUUAGACAACUUUCUUGAAGAAGCACUGAAGCUUGCUACUAUUCAUCAUAUGCGAUGUGCUGUUCAUACACUGCAACUUGCCAUAAGAGAUGGAUUAAAAGAUCGCCAUGCAGCUACACUAAUUGGCAAAUUACGGCAAGUAACUGUUGCAGCCAGGGCACCUAAAACAGAUGCAAUUUUGAAAAGACGUGCAGGAAAAGGAGCCAUUUUGGAUCAACCAACUCGCUGGGGAAGCACUUAUUUAAUGGUGAAGCGUUUGCUUGAACUUAAAGACUUUAUAGAAGAAAUGGACAAUGAAAACCUUGCAUUAACAGAAAGCCAGUGGACACAAACAAAAGAGCUGGAGAACCUUCUUUCUCACCCCUUCACUGUCACCAAAAGGUUGCAAUGUGACGAUCUAACCCCGGGUAAAUUCCUCUUGGAAUGGAAGAGCCUGUUAUAUCGCCUGAACAAAAAUGGAGGGUUAAUAGCUGAGGGCAUUGCAUCUUCAAUGAUAAAAAGAGAGAGUCUUUUGCUGGAAAAUGAAAUCUUGUUAGCGGCUAUUUAUGUCGACCCAAUGAGCCGACUUUUGUUGAACAGUGAACAGACUGCUACUGGGAAAAAGGCCCUCUAUGAUGUAGCAGUUCGCAUGAAAGGAUUAGGACCUGAAAUACCUCCACAGGAUGAAGUUCUUUUAAGCAAUAGUGAUAACUCAGGAUCAUCUUCUUCAAAUGAAGAAUUAGACUUUGAUUCCUUCUUAGACAAAAUGGAAGCUGCUAAAGGAAAGCGAAGUCGCAUAAGCGUUACAGAACCAGUAAAUGUCCAAAUAGAAAAAUUCCAACAGGAGUUUUAUAAAGCACUAAAAGAAGUUGAAAAGUAUGAUCGCUCAUCAAAACUUACUGUUGAAGAAGCCAUCCUUGUUUAUCCAGAGAUUGUUAGUGAUGUGGCCAGAAUAGUUACUGCAAUGCCACCCACCCAAGAUUCCCACAGGUUUUUUGUUCUCUGUGCAAAAAAUUUGGUGAAAAAGGAUUUUUUCCGGCUUCCUGAUCCAUUUGCUAAAGUGGUGGUUGACGGAUCUGGCCAGUGCCAUUCUACUGAUACUGUGAAGAAUACCCUUGAUCCAAAGUGGAAUCAGCAUUAUGACCUAUACAUUGGAAAGUCUGACUCUAUAACAAUCAGUGUAUGGAACCACAAGAAAAUCCAUAAAAAACAGGGAGCUGGUUUUCUGGGUUGUGUGAGACUUCUUUCUAAUGCUAUCAACCGCCUCAAAGACACUGGUUAUCAGAGAUUAGAUCUGUGCAAACUUGGGCCAAAUGACAACGAUACAGUUAGAGGACAGAUAGUAGUAAGUCUUCAGUCCAGAGACCGGAUAGGCACAGGAGGGCAAGUUGUUGAUUGCAGUAGACUAUUUGACAAUGAUUUACCUGAUGGCUGGGAAGAAAGGAGGACAGCUUCUGGAAGAAUUCAGUAUUUAAAUCAUAUCACACGAACAACACAGUGGGAGAGACCAACACGGCCAGCAUCAGAAUAUUCCAGUCCGGGUAGGCCUCUGAGCUGCUUUGUGGAUGAGAACACACCUCUUACAGGAAUAAAUGGUGCAACAUGUGGACAGUCAUUUGACCCCAGGCUAGCAGAAAGAAGAGUUAGAUCUCAGAGGCAUAGGAAUUACAUGAGCAGGACCCACCUGCAUACUCCUCCAGAUCUACCUGAAGGAUAUGAGCAAAGGACAACUCAGCAAGGGCAGGUGUAUUUCCUACAUACUCAAACUGGUGUAAGCACGUGGCAUGAUCCCCGGGUACCUCGGGAUCUUAGCAACAUCAAUUGUGAAGAGCUUGGUCCUUUGCCUCCUGGAUGGGAAAUCCGAAAUACAGCCACAGGCAGAGUGUAUUUUGUUGACCAUAACAACAGAACGACACAGUUUACAGAUCCACGGCUAUCAGCUAAUUUGCACCUGGUUCUAAACCGUCAAAAUCAACUUAAAGAUCAGCCACAACAGCAGCAGCAAGUUGUUUCGCUGUGCCAGCUUUCAGAUGAGGCUGAAUGUCUGACUGUGCCAAGGUACAAACGAGAUCUAGUACAAAAACUCAAGAUUUUGAGGCAGGAGCUAUCCCAGCAGCAGCCCCAAGCUGGACACUGUCGUAUAGAAGUCUCCAGGGAAGAAAUUUUUGAGGAGUCUUACAGACAAGUCAUGAAGAUGAGACCGAAAGAUCUGUGGAAGAGAUUAAUGAUAAAAUUUCGUGGGGAAGAAGGCCUUGAUUAUGGAGGUGUUGCCAGGGAAUGGCUCUAUUUGCUAUCCCAUGAAAUGCUGAAUCCAUAUUAUGGCCUCUUCCAGUAUUCCCGUGAUGACAUCUAUACUUUACAGAUAAAUCCAGAUUCUGCUGUUAACCCGGAACAUUUAUCCUAUUUCCACUUCGUUGGGAGAAUCAUGGGGAUGGCUGUGUUUCACGGACAUUAUAUUGACGGGGGCUUUACGUUGCCUUUUUAUAAACAGCUGCUAGGAAAGCCAAUUACAUUGGACGACAUGGAAUUAGUCGACCCAGAUCUUCACAACAGCUUAGUAUGGAUACUGGAGAAUGAUAUUACAGGAGUCUUAGACCAUACAUUUUGUGUGGAGCAUAAUGCAUAUGGUGAAAUCAUACAGCAUGAACUUAAGCCCAAUGGCAAAAGUAUUCCUGUCACAGAGGAGAAUAAAAAAGAAUAUGUCAGGCUGUAUGUAAACUGGCGAUUUUUAAGAGGGAUUGAAGCUCAGUUUCUGGCUCUCCAGAAGGGUUUUAAUGAAGUAAUUCCACAGCAUCUGCUGAAGACAUUUGAUGAGAAGGAACUAGAGCUCAUCAUUUGUGGCCUUGGGAAGAUAGACGUUAAUGACUGGAAGGCCAAUACAAGAUUAAAACAUUGCACCCCAGACAGCAACAUUGUAAAGUGGUUCUGGAAAGCUGUGGAGCUCUUUGAUGAAGAGAGGAGAGCCCGAUUACUACAGUUUGUGACUGGAUCAUCCAGAGUGCCUCUUCAGGGCUUCAAAGCAUUACAAGGUGCUGCUGGCCCAAGACUGUUUACCAUUCACCAGAUUGAUGCCAGCACAAAUAACCUGCCAAAAGCUCAUACUUGCUUCAAUCGUAUAGACAUUCCUCCUUACGAAAGUUAUGAGAAGCUCUAUGAAAAGCUGCUAACCGCCAUUGAAGAAACAUGUGGGUUUGCUGUGGAAUGAUCAUUUGUGGACCUACAUGGAACUGUAUUUAUACUCCAAGCAGAAAAUCCUUUCCUCAGCCAUGAUACAAUAAAUGCUUGAAAUAUAGGAAACUUUCUUCCCCCUUUUUCUACUAUAGGACGAUAUGAGGGAAAGGACAAUUUUUGGAAUUCUUCAUUCAAGAAAAUGUUCUGUGGCUCCUGCCAAGGAAUAAUUCAGCUGCUAUUAAAAACUAAUAUCUUGAACAUACAGAAUGCUGACUUUUCCUUCAUUUCAACAGUUAAGCAGUAUUCUCUUUAAAAGACGACUACUAUUUUUGUAAAAGGUGAUCUGAUCUAUUUGCUUACCUGAUUUCUACUAUCACAGAUCCAAGGGACAGCUGUUGGUACAAGCCACGUUCCAGCUUACUUAUAUAAAUAUGUGAUUCUGAACAGCACCUGUACCUGCUAUUUUUUUAAAUAAAAUAUUUUGAUGAUUCUAAUUUUUGCAUAAAAUUGGCUAAACAAAUCAUAAACCUUUUAAAGUAAGGCCACUUCACAGUAUGAACUGUAUUUUCUUAUCGUGAAUGACUUUAUUCUGUGUUAUUAGUUCAAUUUCAGUGGUCCUUGUGUCAGAAUUUUUAUAUUUCUCAAGCAUGAAUUACAGGGUUUGGGUCUUUUUCUCCUGUCAGAUUUCUCUAGCAGAAUCUUAGUCUGAGUUAAAUUGCACUGCAUUUGGUACAGUACUUUGUGGUAAAUGUGGAAAGCCCUUUUUAAAAAUGUAGGUGUUCAGCAUUUUUUAAAUGAGCAUUUUUGUAAAAAGUCAAUACUUGAGGCGGUUUUUUUAAAGAAUUGCUUUCCAUUUUAAAUGGAACUGCUGCAUUUUUUAGACUCCUAAAUAUAUAUGGAUGAUAUCAUUAGCCUUCAUAGAUCAUCAAUUGAUUGUUCAAAACACUCUGUGGAUGUCAAACCAACCAAAGCUUUUUUGUUGAGAUACAACCAACCUGCACUGUAUAUUAGUUGUUGCUCAAAAAUCUUAUCCAGAUAAAAUUGCCUUUACUUUUAACUGCUUGUAGUCUAUGAGUUUGUGGUAGUGACAAAUAAGGGAAAAAAACACGAUGCAGUAGAUUCAGAAAUGAAAUGCAGAUGUGGUGUAAUGUACUCCGUUAAGUAGCUGACUCAGAUACAUAGGAAUUUGUCUUUGUUUUAAUGCAAGCACAUAGAGAAUGCUUAAAAAACAAAAGGCACAUUCUAUUUAUGGUGGCCAUGUACAUUUGAAUACAGUUCUUAAUUGUUAAAAUGUGCAUUUGUUGAAGAUAGCUCACAUAUUUAAGCUUUCCUUGUAAUUCUGUGUGGCUGCUAUGAAGAGAGCAACAUCUGGUGUCAAAAUGGCUGAAUAUCAUCACCAGUAUCAGCAUUGGUUAGUGCUAGUAUUUUCCAUAAUUAUAUGUUCUACUUACCUGUGUGGCAGAUUAAAGUAGAGCUUGCAUGUGUGAACUAGCCCUCAUUCAGCAAUGUUGAGAACUUACAGUUCAGCUGCUCACCUUUCCACUGAGAAGCAAGGGACAGUAAGCAAAGCCAUGCAUGCUCUGUAACUAAUUGGAAGCCACCACUUUUUUUAUUGUAAUGAUUAAUAAUCAAGAGUGCCAAGUAUACUUCGGAAACUGUGUAGCUUUGCUGGUCUUUGGUAUUUCUUCUUUAAGUAAAUGUUUUAAAAGAAUGUGAAGAAAAUGCAAAUAGGGCAAAGCAUGUUCACUGUGUAGUGUUUCUUUUCUGACUUGGUCCAAAUGCUGAUCCUGGAGUCCAGCAGGUUGUGUGGCAAUUGCCAGUUCCAUCAGGCACAUAAUUGCAUUUUGAGAUAGAGAAACGAGGAUAAAAUAUAGUUUUCAUUUGACUAUUUCUUCUUAAAGGAAUUUCAUGAUACCGUUCAAUGUAGAAGGCAGAAAUAUUGGAAUAAAGCAAUUGCACAAAUUAGACAGUUGUUGUAAACUAGUUGGUGAUGAUAGAUGGUCUAUUUAUGAUUCAUAGUUGAACAGAACAAAUAAAGUUUCUGGUAGAUUAGGCUGCAGUUCAUGGGCUCUACAGCAUUACAGUUAUUCAAAGCCUGCUACUGAGGCCAUGUGUGACAGCUUAGUUCCAGGGUAGGGAAUUUGUUGCCCUUCAGAUGUUUUUGGAUUUCAUCUUCUAGCAAUUCCAGCCAGCACAGUGAGUGGUAGAUUGUGGAAGUUUACUCCAAAAUAUCUGUUGAGCACCAUGUUAUCCAACCCUGAUGGAGUAAAUUUGAGCCUGAUAAGGAACAAGCCCAUAUUCCGUUAGGAUAUCUUCUUUUGUGCCUGUCUGAAGCUGUCUUUUCUUUCAGAUCAUCUCUGGGAUAAUCUCUGCCUUUUUCAGCUGAUCUUUCAGGUUUCAGGAAUAGCAUUGAUUUGAUUAUUUUCUAGAUGUUGAAUGAAGAACUAAUGGAGCAUUGGUUUUCAUACACCAUUGAGCACUGAGUGUUGGACACCUCUGAAGGUGGAUUCUUGCCUUUUACAGUUUACCAUUCAGGUCCUUUGUUUUGUACACAAGCUCCUUGAGAGCUUCUUGGAUAACCAGAUUGUAUCUAAAACCCACUUUGUUUCUUGCUCUGUAAGGAAAAUCAAUCUGUUCUUCCUUUUCUGCAGUCUUACCAUUAGAUUGGAGGUAAUAGCCUUGCCCUAUCUCAUUUAAGGAUGCAUCCAUUUUGAAUAGGAUGAAACCUAGCAAUCUUAGAAUGGAAAUUGAGAGCUAAAAGAAUUUGAUGACAGUGAAGACAAUGAGUUAAGUUUGGGGAAGGCAAAUCCAACCUGGUCUCAUUCCAAAAUUUGUGUUCAACAGCAACUUCACUGUUACUCUACUUCAAAUACUUUGUGUUCAGAGAACCUUCUAUUACAGCACUAGUCUAAUUCUCUACGUAUUAGGCAAAAUGAAACUAUACCUGCAUCUUGCUUUGACCAACACCAAGCAGACGAAUGCAAAUAGAAUUCUCAGGUCUUCUGAGUGCCUUUUUAUCUGCAUAACAAUUAAAAGCUUUAAAGCACACGACCUACCAGAAGCUUUUCUCAACCCAUCCAUUGCAGACGCAUAGCCAUGCCUCUUUUCCCAGUGCUAAAUAUUAUGCUGGACCUUUGGAUUUUUACCCUAGGUUUAAAUGUGAAUAUUUAUUUCCAUUGUACCCCUUUUCCUAUAGGAUUUCUUCAUCAAUUCUGAACAUGGAUUGAAUGGUUAAGAGAGAUGCCACCUCACAUUUCCGUGCUUUCUUUUCAUGAAUGAAUGUGUUAAUAUGAAUAGUAACAAUUUGCUAGGAUUCAGUGAUAAGUACUCAGACGCGUUUCAAGUUUAAUUUCUAGGUGUAAAGUUUUGUAAUGGUGCUUUGUACAGUAUGUAUUCUAUUUUUUGCACAUAGGUUCAGUUUCUCUAAACUGAUUUUAUUUUUACCAAACAUUUGUGUUUGUACUAGAGUCCAGAGCACACAGGAUUUUUUGUUUUUUAUUCUGCAACACUAUAUCUGUUAAACCUGUGGUGCAGUUAAACUGGCUGCAUUAAUGGAAGGAACUUGUGCUUCUAUAUCACGUAUUGUAAUGUAGCAUGACAUCAUUGCUACAGACUUUGAACUGCACUAUAUAGUUAACAGGUUCAAUUUGUACUUAAGACAUAUUGUUUAUUAGAAGAUUUCUGACUCUGCCACAUCCUAAAAGUUUUGUUUGACUAAAACAAAUGUAUACUUGGUAUAUUUCCUUCUUCCACAAACGGACACAUUUUUUUAGUUCCAUUUCUAUUGUAUUUAUUGCAGAAUGUGUUUAGCAUUGAUAUUAUUGUAUUUUCACCAAGCUGUUACAUGAGCUUUAACAAUAAAUCUGUAUAAAAUGUUUUAAGUAUGUACUCAUGCAGAAAUUGAGCAAUAAAAUUGAAUGCUGUUUGCACUGUCACAGCAUCAAA